AUGCUUCGAAGGUGUAUUCGAAGUGGUGUUAUAGAUGAGGACAGUGCUCCUAUAGUUCGCGCAAAAUCCUGUCUUGCUGCAAGCCGACAGGAAACUGUAGCCAGGAAAGCCGCUAGAGAUCUCUUUGCUAGUCUAUCAAAUGGUGAACAGUACAUAACAACGGCGCAAUUAGAGAGACGUAUCCGUGAGAUUUGUACAACUACCCUCAAAAAGGAUGAAGAAGAUGAAGCCUUGAAUGAAUCUCGAGAGGAUGCACCUGCGCUGGACGAUGGUCAAGCCUUAGAGUCAUUGCAGCAUGGUGAUCAUGUGGGAAAUGGGACGAUACGGACGGCGGAAAUUGUUGAAGAAGAUGUCCCAGAAAGGUGUCAAAAUGAAGAAAUACGAAAUUUGACAGUUGACAAUCUAGUCUCUGCCGCCGUCGACUACUGUCAGGGCGAGUUACCCCUCGUCAGCCGCGAUCUCACCCUAACUGACCCCAGUAUUAAAGCUUUGGACCACAUUCCCAUUCUCCAACAAGCCUUCCUACACCCAAUAGUCUUCAUACAAGUGUUAUACCUGAAACUCCUCUAUUACUUCGGCUUGUUCUCCUUCAGAUUAUCAAAUUUGGAGCUAUCCUUCCUUUUAAUAGGAUAUCUCUCCGUCAGUACAGACAGCCUAUACCACUUGGUACCGUUAAUUAUUUAUUAUAUUAGUAUUAUCGCAAUGGUUAUUUGCACUUUCAAAAUGUUGCUGGCUAAACGGCAGUUUAUCGAUUUUCGAAAAUGGUCCGGUCUCUUCCUAAGGUAUAGCGAUGGUAACUUGCAACCGGAUGAGUCCGAGAAUUUGUUUGUCAGAAAUAACUUGAGGCCGUUCUUACAGUUCUUUUUAGCCCUGUUCGUUAAUUUGUUCCUCUAUCCGUUUAUAGCAACGCAAUGGGUGCCGUUCUCUGAAUUUUGCGUUCUUUCCUUCUGCCUCAUGUUUUUGACGCUUUUCUCGUUUGGCACUAAUGGCCAACAAUAUCCUGAUAUUUUAGCGUUAAUAUCCUUUGGAAUCAAUGUUCUGGCUAAAUAUCCGUAUGAGAAGGAUACAGUGGUGCAUCAAGGUUGGCGGUUUCUCGAUUUCCACAUAUCGAACUAUCCGUCUUAUAUCUUGGGCAAUAGCAUUGAGUUUUGCCUGAACGCGCGGAUGUUUUUUUCCUUGCUGAUUCCAAUUAUUUUAGUGGUUAUGGCAAGGAGAAGUAAUUGGCAAGGAUUGUUUAAGUACACCCUACCACAUUGCGUUACGUUGAGUUGGCUACAAAUGUUUAUAACUUGUUCCCACGGGUGUACUACUUAUGGGUUAAUACGUGGAACUUUGGCUCUUGUGUGCUCGUUCCUGUUCCUCCCCCUUAUUGGAGUUGUCACGGUUACUUUGCCCAUAUUUGCGUUCCUACAAUAUAUAACGUUGCCUAGGCUGGUUUACACUGCGACCGUGUUGGUGGGACUAACAAUUACGUUGGGAGUGACAUGCCUUUUAGCUAAAACUGAAGCUACUAAGAAAUUCGUCACACCGUUUCAGCUUACAGUGGGCUUGGUUACACUUAUAUACUUCAGUAACCAACUCCUGGUUGGGAUUCAAGAUGAUGGCGUACCCUCAGGCUUGUUAGAACUAAUAAGUGAAGACAAAACAAGCCUGAAAAACCUCUUGAAGAGUGAAUUUAUGACGGAAUACGAGGAGAACACCCAUUUUGUAAAUUGGGAAGAUUAUUAUAACCAGUGUCAUGCGCCAUCUUGGAUAGACAACAACAUGGCGUCCACUCAAAUAAAAUGUUCGAUUCUCGAUGGUUCUAAAAUUAACUGGGAGGGUUACAUUAAAGAGGUUCGCGUUAGAAAUGUUAAAAAUAAGUGGAAUGAUUUCGCCUCCUGGCUGCCGAGUUUUAUGAGAGAAUAUUUCAAAUGUUAUUAUGGUGAAGAAUUUUCGACCUUAUGCAGUCGGGGUGACAGUUUAGAUUUGGGUGGAUGCGAGUUUGUGCGGACUGUAGCAAGACAGAGUGGUAAAAGCUGUCACUUGAGCAACAUGAAUGAAUACACCUACGAGGUCUCUGUCGACAUGGAGACUAGCGGCGGUCUGCUAAAGCGUCACGCGGAAAUAAAACUAAUAUUCGAUCAUUUCUUUACAAAUUACACGAAACUGCUGCGACAGAACGACAAAAUUCGUUUCAAAGGAAUACUUUUGAACGAACCGGAGUCUUACAAUAUCGGUUCGCGUUAUUUGGACAUAAAGGGAUACGAAAUUAUCUGUCUCGAGUGCAAAACAGCGAGGGGCUCGAUUCGGACCCAAGAACCAUCUCUAUCAAAAUUGUGCGACUUGUUUCGAACGAUCGCAAACGAUUGUGCCGUAUCAACCAAAAACAUCUUGAAUUUCCUAUUGAACCCAAUUAUUGUUUUCAAAUGA